AUGGUCUACCUCCGCUGGGACCAUGAUGAACAGGAGAUGAUGACCUUUGAGCUGCAGGUCCAUACGACUGGCUGGGUGGCAUUUGGGUUCAGCCCUCAUGGAGAGUUACCUGGAUCUGACGUUGUGAUUGGAGGUGUCUUCCCUAAUGGCAGCAUCUAUUUUUCUGAUUGUCAUGUUGUAGAUGAGGCCACCCUUGAGGAAGAUGAGAGCCAGGACUACCAACUGCUGUCACUGACAGAGGAUGAGACCUUCACCACCAUGCUGUUCACACGCCAGCUCCAGACAUGUGACCUGAAUGACCUGGAUAUCACAUUUGCUGUUCCUGCUGAAGAAACUAAGUAUGCCUGUACCUUUAUCCCACUGCCCAUGGUCAAACAGAAACACCACAUCUACAAGUUCGAACCUGUAAUAACACCCCACAACAUAACUUUGAUUCAUCACAUUCUGGUUUAUGCCUGUGGCAAUGCCAGUGUGUUACCCAGUGGCAUAGAUGAUUGCUAUGGAGCUGAUCCAGAUUUUGCCCUGUGCUCUCAGGUGCUUGUGGGCUGGGCUGUUGGGGGAGAGUCCUAUCAAUUUCCGGAUGAAGCUGCAUUCUCCAUAGGGACACCUUUGGAUCCUCAAUACAUCCGACUGGAAAUCCACUACAGCAAUUCUGACUUGUUACCAGGUUUGAUUGACAGCUCAGGGGUACGAAUCUACUACACGCCGGAGCUACGGAAAUAUGAUGUGGGGACUCUGCAAACAGGCAUCUUCAUUUUCCCUGUACAUUUCAUCCCUCCUGGAGCAGAAUCCUACAGAUCUUAUGGCCUUUGCAAUACUAGCCAGUUUGAUGAAAUGAAUGGGACGCCAGUUCCGGAGCUGCACGUGUUUGCGUACCUCCUUCACACCCACCUGUCUGGCAGAGGAGUGAAAGCUGCCCAAUACCGGAAUGGUGAGCAGCUGGGGAUCAUCUGUGAGGACAAUAAGUAUGACUUCACACUGCAGGAGAUUCGGGACAUGAAGGAAAUCCUCACAAUCAAACCAGGGGAUGAGAUCCUGGUGGAAUGUAGAUUUCAGACACUGGAUCGGUCAGGGAUUACUUUCGGUGGGCCGAGCACCAUGAAUGAGAUGUGCCUUGCAUUCCUCUUCUACUACCCUCGUAACAACAUCUCCAGUUGUAUGGGCUACCCUGACAUUUUGUAUAUUGCACACGUACUCAAGCAGGAGGCCUCAGAUACAGUGGAAGGAAUGAUGGCCAUGGACUUUGUUGACUGGGACAAUGAGACCAUCAAAAUUGCAGAGAAAGCAGCCAAGGAAGCAGAUCAAGUAGUUGUAAUUAAAACAAUUAAUGAACUGCAGAAAAGUGAGAGAGGUCUAAUCAGAGACAUUAUUAUUCCAGAGCGGGCUGCCUGUCACAAUAUUUCAGAAAACCUCUCACUGUCAGAUCUGAGGGCUGCCACAAACCUUCGUUUGGCUGCAGUGCACAGGUCUGAGUCAUCGACCACCAAAGAGAUGGCUUCACUUUCUCUACUUUCUCUCACACAGCUGGUGUUUGCUUGGCUUAUCUUGUCCUCUGAGCUUAAGAUGUAA